CAACGAUUGAUACUGCAGUCUGUAGCUCAAAAAUACCCCCGGCCUCGAGCAUCUGCUUCUCAUCUGUAUGUAUAAGCCCCCUGAUCAUGCAAAUCCUCUCCAUCAGGGAAUAAAAUCCCCUGAUUUUUCCUCUCUUACAAAUUAGGGCUUUGUAUUCCCAAUCUCUCACCGCUCUUGUCGCCGUCCUCUGAGGUCCAGCCACUGCCGCCAGGUGCCUCUACGUUCAACCUAAGGAUACUGCCGAUUCUGCCCAUUAUUGUUCAGAGAAAGAUGGCCGAGACUACAUCAAGUACUGCAAUUUGGGAAGAAAUCGAGCGAUCCGAGAGCUACCUAGUGUGCUCAAUGUAUGAGGAGGCGGCAUCCUUAGCUUCAUCGAUAUUAAAGCGUCUUUGCAACAAUAACGAUAACGAAGGCAUUGAAGCUGGAGAAGAUGUUGAAUUCUACGACAUGUUAGAGUCGACUGGUAUGGUGUUGGUGCAGUCCUUGAAGGAACUUGGAAGGUCAUCAGAAAUUCUGAAUCAGCUUAAACUACUUUAUGUUCUUGUCACUGCUAUCCCUGUUCAAGUUCUGCUUACUGGGGUUUGCUUUCAGAUAUCAGAAGGUUCUUCUUUUGGUGUUCGGGAAUUUCUUGAGGAUUUCCUUAGCAAGUGGAGAUCUAUAGAUGAAAGAUACUAUGUUCUUGUUGAUGCAGAAGCAAAUGUAGAUUGUAUGCCAAGACAUGACAGGCGUUUUAUUCUAGGAGUUGAUGAAUAUUUUGAAGUUGUCGAGGUCUAUGCCGUGACCCUUCUUGCAACAGUUUUAAAUGAUUUUGAAUUUGCCAUCUCGUUGGUUGAGAAAGCUGCACUACCUGAGGAAAAACGACAGGUACUUCUGAGGAAAUUACAUUCCCUUCAUUCUAUUAAAGCCACCAACUUGUCACAAGGACCCUCAAUUUUACCGGGAGAUAAUCAUGACGCUCGUUUCUCAUCACUGAAAGAACUGAAUGUGCCUGAGGGUUCUCGAAAAGCAUUGAAUGCCAAAUACCAACCUAAUCAAGGGAGUGUUGCCAAACAAGCAGUUUUAAAAUUCUCUGAACGGAUAGAACCAUGUUUCUGGUGGUUUCGUACCAUCACUUUGAAGUUUGGUAAUGCUCGAUUGGUUGUAUCGAAAGGGAAAAUUUUCCUGGGCUGUUUGAUCUUGCUCAUGUGCCAUGUUGUCCGAAAGAAAAAGGCUAUUUUGAAGAGGUUUGCUGGAAGACAUGUACUGUUCUUGAAGAGGGCCGUGAUGGAUUUGUGGCAGCUUGCGUUUUCGUACCAAGUGAAUCCUCUAGCAUCUGUUCAAUCUAUUGCCGCUGCAACACGUGGAGGGCAGUGAUGAGAUUUACAGUAAUUUCCCAUUUUAGGUCUCUCAUACAGGUGCAAUUCUUUGUGCAAGGUUUUGUGGCAAUAAAUUCACCAUAAAAUCUCCUUGUUCUGCAUAUAUUUUCAUGGUUGUAAUGAAUAAACGAAGUGAGAAGUUCAGUAAUAUAUAUAUAUAUCAUGCAACGUCUGCAGUGUCAAGGGACUUUGCUUUUUCU